AUGUUGACAUUGCCCCCUUCUCUUACCGACGGCGAUCUAGAAAAACUUCGUACUUCAGCCACUUCGAACCUCAGCUCAGCUGCUAGACAUAAGAUCCCCAGUGUCAAAGUGAUGGUUGAUGAAGCUGAUACAUUGAAAAUCAGUGUCCGUAAAGGUUAUGGUUUUUGCCUCUGGUCUAGCACUCAGGCUGCGUCGAUUUGUAUAGAUGGACUUCAAAGUGAGGGCUACCAGGCUAGCUUUGCGAUCCGCCUUUUGCGCGAGCGCGACGACAAAAAUAUGGGUGCUUCUGGUGUCAAUCGUGGCGUCGGCUUUGUCAGACUCUGUAGAAUGGCUGAUAGUAAAGCCCAGAAGUACGAAUCGCCACAACCUCCCCAAUCAGUUCGAUCAGAACCGCCCAACGACCAGUUCAUGAGACCGCCACCUGAUAACACUGUUUUCAAUUUAUUUUAUAUAUCUGGAGAUCCUCAACAGCAGAACUACUCCCAUGACUUGCAGAUGUACCCAGCUGAUCCUUACCCUUGGGAGACGGCCAGACCUCAAAUUUAUACGCCCACCACGACUGAAUCACAUCCCUCACCUGGAAUUUGCUUCAGUUGA